AUGUACAGCCAGCCGAAGACAUGCCAACCACAACAAACCCCGACUUGCCUAUGGGCCUGAAGACUGAAAUUCCUCCUCCCUGUCUCCUCCUACUCCCCGUGUCUCUUCAUGUCUUUCUCCAAGUCUCUCGUUUAUUUCUCGCCAUGUCUCUAUUUGUCCCAUCUCUCCUUCUUGCAGAUCUGUGCAGUCAUCUACAAUUUUAGUUAUUUCUCUAAUUGUUAUAUACAUUCAUUAUAAACAAUACACUUCUGGAAUGCAGGCCCAGUUCAACUAUACUUCACCACACCACUCAUUGGUAGGUAGGGAAGACCUAGGACAGGUUCAGAUUCAGGUAAUCACCACGGAUGUUGGAAGUGAGGUGGAAAUUGAAUUAUUAGUCAAUAAGAGACGGAGACAAAUGUCAUAUUUGUCAUUGUGUUAUUCACAAUGCGACGUAAAAUAUGACAAUUUAAACUUUGUAAUUAGGUUUUUAAGUGUUUCUAUUAUUUUUGUACGUGAUUUGCUUCACAUAAGCCUGCCUCGUGUGUGGUGUGUGUUCAAUUCCCACUCAUUGCCAAUAUCGGUGGAUAUCUGAACUAGUCCUGGAUUCCUCCCCUAGAUCGACACAGCUUUUAAUGGGUACCAGAUGCGAUGUAAACAUCAGCAUUGGGGAGACCAAGGCGGCCAGGCGUGGUGCUUGUCUCACCAUUCCCUCAUAAGUGAUAAUCACUAACAGCACUCGUCGUAGCAGCCUAUGUGGGUGACACAGGGCAUCUUUGUCUUUAUAUUUGUGUGUGUAGGGGAGUCAGGGUUAACAAUGAAGAGAUUUCUUGUUUAGUCAUUUAAUUAACUUCCUUUGCUGAACACGCAUUAUACAGAGAUGGGAGAAACAGGACGAGAGAUACACAGAGACCCAGAUAGAAAGAGACGGAUCGAGGUACACACCAAUCAUAGGCUCACAAGAGCCAGACUAGGGCUCCCAUAGGGUUCGGUGUUAAUCACCCAGGCUCACAGAGCCAGGCUAAAGCUCUCCCACACAACAUGACCCAGAAAGUGCUUAAGAAUUUAAUCAGAGACACGGAUAUUAAUACAUGCCUUCAAUAAACCAUACUUCACCAAAAAUCACCAUUACUUUCACUUACAUUACCAGUGAUGAACACUAUGGGAGCCUCAGGAUGAACACAGGGACACACACAAAGACAAACUGACACAAACCCAUAGAUUCACAAAAGUCCAUAGACUCAAAGAGGCCCAUACACUCGCACAGAAACCCUCCCACACAGCUCUAGGUCACGGGGAGAGAGAUAAGGGAAAAGAGGGUUCAUAAGUGCCAUGUCGUCUCUACACACACACGCUAAAGCUACUGUAUCACGGUUAUUAACACAAUAAUUGUCAACUAAAGUACAAUUAAGGACCUUACGUUUAAGAUAAAAUAUUUGAUUAUACAAGUAUUUGUAUUUGGUUUAAGAUGUUAUCGUGAGUAAAUUUAACACUUUGAGUAGCUAGUGUUGCGUUUGUGAGUUUAAUGUUUUCAUUUGUGGUACCAGGAGUUAAUUUAUCGACCAUUUCAACCAAUCAUCAAUAACGUGAGUACAUCCUUGUAUCCUGUAUACACAUUAACGCGCAUAAACACAGACUUCACAGAGUUACCCCAUAGCCUCGCGCAAACACGUAGAGACCCACAGAUUCACAGCCUCUUGGACACACGAAGAGUCGUACAGACUCGAGCAGAUGUGAGCAGAUGUGACCGUGAUCCAAGAUCACAGCAGGGUGGUUGUUGAGUAUUCGCGUCUCCACGAAUUCUCGCGUCGCCGACUGCGUCGCGUUCGUCUCUGGCGCCUGGGGGCUCCCACAAGCUCCAGGAGACGGCAACGGCCGCAAUACCUCCCAUUGAUCUAUUAUCCCACAGCCAUAUGUUCGCCUUUCUUGAAUGGCCAGGUAUCGCAAUAUUUGGUAUCGUCCCCGAGUCGCUAUCAGGAAUGAAAAUGAGCUUCAUAGCUCAUCGGAUUCUUUCAGUAAAGAUUCUGAUUCUGAAUCAAUUGUGCUUCAUUAACGAGACGCUUACUCGCAAUAUCAAGCCGUCACACAGCAUGAAAUCGCCCAAAACAAUGCAUUUGAAUAUUGAACAAUGUUAUUAACAACUGACGCCCUAACCCAAUUUACAAUGCCAUAUGCAAAUACAGGAAUAUCGCCUCCUGCACAAAGAGAUGCGUUCCUAGGAAAACGUGAAUAUUUACAAUGAAGUGUAAAAAAAUGCAGAUGAUUAUAACUUAACAAUAUAUUAUUUCAACUACUGCUACAAACUACUACUACAAUACAUCAUUAGAUAAACCAUGACCGAGAAACCCGUCACAACUCAGAGUCUCAAUCCUCCGCUCCUCCCACAGAUGCCCACAGAGCCCCGCCCCUCGCGUGCGGGGGAGGGGGGAGGGGCUGCGGGGGUGAGGAAGUCACGUGCCCCCAAGUGCGCGCGCUGCCGUAACCACGGUUACGUGAUGGAACUCAAGGGACACAAGCGCUUCUGCAUGUGGAGAGAUUGCUCUUGCCAGAAGUGCACCCUCAUCGCAGCCAGACAGAGAAUCAUGGCUGCACAGGUGGCUCUCAGGAGACAACAGGCUCAAGAGGAGGAACUGGGCCUUCGGGUCCAGGCGAGGCAGGCCUCACCCGGUGCGCUUGGCCACAACAUGGCGGCCGUCACCCAGUCAGAUUUUCCAAUGGCUUCGCUUUCCCAUAACGCACCGGUUCAUGGGGGUCGUGACCUUUUCGCCGAGGGUGGGACCUACUACGGGGGGGGAUGUCACGGGGACCAACAGCAGUUCCUGCCCCGCCUCGUGAGCCACUUCUACAGUCAUGCGGCGGGGACUGGGCUUGGACUGGUUUCUGGCUCCGUGAUUGGCUCAGGGUCCGCGGUGGGGGCGGGGCCAACAAGGGAGAUUACCCCGCCCACUUUCCUUGCGACGUCAGAGGGCGGAUUCUGGCAGGGUGGUGGUCAUUCCGCUCGCCCCCUCUACGGGGGGGACAGCAGUCGUGGUCACGUGACCAAUUAUCCGGACAGCAGCAACAACAGCUCAAAAGGGGCAGCGUCUGGACCACAAGGGGUGGGGCUUGGGCCGGAAGAGGUGGGGCUUGGCAUAGAGCGGGUGGGGCUUGGGGCGGAAGGAGAGGAGUUUGUGCCUGACCUCGGCCUCCGCGAUGGAGAGGACCAGGGAAAGGGGCGCGGGCAACAACUCGGCAACUAGCAAAUCAAAUAUUCUUUGGGUCUUUCAGUAAAGUCACGUAGAUAGGUUCAAAAUUAAUGAAAUAAAGAAAUAUAUUAAUUUUGAACCUAUCUACGUGACUUUACCAAAAGACCCACAGAAUAUGAAUUCCUGCAGUCACGAAAGCUUUAAGUCAAGAGCAAAUAAAAUGUUUCGGUUCGUCACCACAUUGAGCAUGGUCUAUCCACUGCUGGAUGAACAGUUUAACCAAAAUCUGCAAAUGAUAUGGAAAUUAUAUGCAAAUGUAAUUCACAGCAUAGUAUAUAUGUAAAUGAUUUGUAUAUGAUGUACAACGUAUGCGCAAAUUAUAUGCAAAUGAGAUGCUUGUUUCUUCAUCAUGGUCUAUCCACUCCUGGAUGAAAUGUUUCAGCAAACAAGAUGCUACUUUCGUCCUAUAAUUUUUUUCUUGCGAAUAUGUUCAGGAGAUAAAUACCAAUAUUGAAGUCCAUUGGCCACGAGGGGUUCAGGAAAGUGUUUGUGUGCAGACUACAAGGGUUUACUAUAUUGUCCAUAAUGGUAGUUGCAUGGCCACAAUCACAUUGUCAAGGAGAUGUGUAAAUUGAUCUGUUGAUGCAAUUGAUGGUACACAGGUGACUGAGGAAUGUCACGGCCCUGAGGUGUAAUGUUUGGGUCUCAAAUGAGGUGUUUAUUCUGGACAGCCACUUUCCACUCUGUUCACCAGCAUUAUUCCAGAAAUAGGUGAGAUUCUAGGAUAGUAACAGCAUGAUCUCAGAAGGGGGAUCGGAACUUGAGUGGUAGCGAGGUACAUUUUUGGGUCUUGGUUGAUGCUUAGGUUGUCGUUGGCAAGAAAAUGUGUAACCUACCUCUGCGGAUAUGCGGUGGCAGAAUGUAUGUAUGUAUAUUGAACUUAUUUCGCACCGUAUGUAACCAGCUGUGGCAAUCGUAGGUGCGGGAUGUUUGCCAGAACUGGGAGCCAAGGGAUUGGUGGCAGUUUAGGUGUUUGGGUUAUGAUGCGCAUAACGAUAUUUAAUUGUGCAUCUAGCAGUUUUGUGUACGAGCUCCCGAAUCAGGCUGGAGCGCAGUACUCUGCCACUGACGUCAAGUUUCUGGAGCAGGAUGAUUCUUGAAUGUUUUUAGAGAUGUGUUUUUUGUGGGACUUAAAGAUCAGGCGUAUAUCCAUGAUAACCACUAUAUAACUUGGAAUAGCGCUCAGGGUUAUUUGCAGAAGGGUUAUUUUCAAACGGCUUAUUUGCACAUCAAGGGUGGAAUUUGCUGUAUGAUUGUUGAGGUGGAAAGUGCUUGUGGUUUCAGAGGAAUAUUGUUGGAGUCUGUGGUGAUGGAAAUAUGCUUCCAAUAAGAUUUGAUCAGCUAUUCCUAUAAUUUGCACCUCUAUCGUUUUUUGUAUUAUUGUUGUAACUUUUUGAACUGCCCCUACUGGAUUUCUCGAGGAUGAAUACAGAUUCCGAUUCUGUUCGAGUAUUGGCAAUAUUCUCGAGGUUUGUGCCCUGUGCAAGCAAGGACUAUGUGGUCUGCAUAUAUAUAUAUUUGUGUGAAGAAGUGUGUGGCAGGUCACAUGUUAAUAAUGAUGGUGCUACUAUCGAACCUUGCGUGAAACCAUUUAUAAUUCACUUGCGGCUGUGUUUACCAAUGAGAUGUACCCUGAAAGUAUGGUUGCUGGGGAUGAUCGUGUUGAUUCGGUGUACAGUAGAAUGGGAUCUGAUGAUUUUGGCCCACUUUAACAGCAGGUCAUGAUGCCAAACUGUGUCAUAAGCGGCAGAGCAGUCAAUCAUUGCUGUGCUGGUUUUCUGUUGAUGCUGGAACUAGCUCAUAUAAGGGUGGUGAAGGCAACAUUUUUUUACAGCAGCUAUGGCCAGUUUGAAUAUGGCUGGUUUUCGAGACAGUUGGGAGUCGAUAAUGGGUAAAAGUCAGCUUGGAGGUGGAGCACAAGAACGAUAUUGGCCUAUAGCUGUGUGGGUGAGUAUUUCUGGGUUUAGAAUGGCAAUGACUCUGCGUUGCUUCUAUGCCAUCGGGGGUUUGCCUGGCCUGUGUAUGACGUUGAAGAGCUUUGCAAGCCAUUGUCCAUAUAAUCUCAUGUUCUUUAGGAACUCAGGACAGAGUAUCUGUGGUAGUUGACUUUAGGUGAUUGUGAAUUGUUUUCAGACAACUUGUUUGGUGAGCUUGUAUAUUGGUGCUUAUGAGCAGGACAGCAUAUGGGAAGUGACAGCAUUUGCUGUAGUUGUCUGAGGUCUAUGCUCUGUUAUUUUUUAGGCACCUAGGUUGCAGUGGAGCUGCCAAGCUUGAUAGCCGGAGUAAGUGAUGUCCAAAUCUGCAGUUACAUCUUCCCAAUGUUUUCUUUGUGCAAAUGUUAUGGACUCCGAAAAGUGGAGUGUCCUUGGUUACUAGUUCUGACGAAUCAUUUUAAGACUUAUGUUUCUGCUUGCCAAUGUGAUAUGUUUUUAGAUACCCCUCAAGAUAUUGUUUUUUAAUGGCAGAUGUCAGAAUGUUACUGAAUUAAUUGAUUCAGGCUUUGGCUUCAGGCUUCAAUUUAUUUUUCGUAGCCAGGCCAGUUGGCCUUCUGAAUAUUCCAACGUGGCCUUGAUUUUGAUAUUAUGUCCGGUAUCAGUCAUCCAAUGUGCGUUACUGCCUAUCUGUGUUGGCUCUUUGGAAAAUUGCCUCUAAUUGUUUUCGAUGUAAUUAGUGGCUGUCCAUUUUUUGUCAUUUGAGAUGAAGCAUAAGUCUGGGUUAGAGACCACUUUCCAUCGGGCUGAAUGAAAUGUGCCCAGCUGUUUAGGGUUAUAUAUAAAGAAUGUGUCUUGUGCCGAUGACCAUUCCUCAAGUUUCUCUCCUGCUGUGUCAUUUUGUGAGUAGCCCCAUUGUGUGUGGUGGCGAUGCUAUUUUCCCUCCUAGCAAGUCACGUUUAGGUCUUGGAAUUUAUUCAAAGGCCUCGUCUGGUGGACAUUUGGCCCUUAGCUGGGCCUUUUAUUGGCAUUAGCUCUAUUGAUCAUAUCUGGAUUCAAAUUAAUGACGUUCAUUUUGUCCAGAUGACAGUAUUAGUUGUGUUAACAUCCCCACCCCCUCCCUGUAACAUAAUAUGCAAAUGUGAUGAAAACUAGAUGCUAAUUUCAAUAACUGUCAUGGUCUAUUCACUGCUGGAUAAAAUGUUAAAGCAAAUGAGAUGCAAAUAACAUGAAAUUAUAUGCAAAAUACAAUUAUUGCAUUUCAAUUAUGGUAUCCACUGCUAGAUGGAGAUCAAUAUGAUAAAGUUUCUAACUUGUGUAAUUCUAAUAUCAAUGUUAUUUUAUUGGUUAGGAAUAAAAAUGUCUUCUAAACUUAAUAUAUCAUUUAACAUAAUCUAAGAGUUUUAAACAGUUAUUAAUAUUCCAAAUAGACAUAUUAAUUCAUCGAUAUGGUUAAUGUUUUAUAAUUUGUAAGUAUGAUUGGGUUGUGCAUUCAUUGUGUUGAAAAAAUUAACACAUAGGUUAACAUUUUUACAUAUGGUCACUCACCGACCCACUCGGGAAUCGAACCCGGUAAAUAUCAUGGUCGUUGUCGAUUCCUCUUGGCGCGAUCCAUACCAGCAUUGUUAAUAUUCAAUUCGAUAGAGCGUGAUCGGGACCAGAAUCGAUUCCACACACCUGUGAUGAC